AGUUUCAACUGUGGGCCAGAAUACUUCAUGAAACCAGAAGUUCUGCAAGACGUGACAGGAAGAUAUGGCCCUGUCGAUGUUGUGUCCGUUCGACAUAGCGACUUCUCUUACGACAAUCAAGCGGAGAUUGGAGCGAGGUUUACACUGUCCUCCGAAGGCAGACUAUACAUCAAGAAAGAUGUUCCCUUCAUCCUUUUCAAAGUGGAGCCUGGCUAUGGCAUUGGCUGGCUGGGUCGCAGCGCGAGUAGUCGCGGCUUAAGAGGCAUGCAUCGGAUUCCAGAGUCGGACUAUCCAAAGUAUAUGGGGGUAGCCACUCAGGGUGAUCUAGCCGGACCUGCUGGGAAUGACAGUCCACAUGACCAGCUUCAAGUGGUACCAGUGGUUGGAUCUGAACGCCUUUAUCCCACGACCCAUAUCCUCGUUAGUGAGUUGGUAAAGGUUCCUAUACCACGGAUCCAUAAGCACUGGGGACGACUUGGCUUCGACAGUUACUACCGAUUAGUAUGCCUGAUGAACUUUCUCACGGCAGGACCUUUGUCACUGAAUGCAAGCCCAGACUCGAUCCCGAAGGAUAUUGGCUUGGACAUUGAUGCACUGAGGACAUUACGGAGUGCGAAUGACUGUUUGGUGGGAGAUUGGGCAGAACGACUUGCAGCUUACGCUGACAGCCAUCCACUGAAUUCAGCAAGCACACAAUCACGCGUCGAUAGUCCACAAGCGCAAGCUCGACCGCAACAAGCAAGAGCUAGACCACAGCUUCAAGCGCCGUCAAAAGAGUUCCGUCCACCUCCUGCUGUGCGCUCGGUUCCGGGAAAUCAAGAGAGUAAGAACUCGUCGCCAAUGCCAGGUCCGAAUCGAGCUACAAACAAAGUUGGCCAACCUCCGGCAACUCCAAAUACCUCAAGUCACCGUGCAACCCAAGCUCCUAAAGCGCCGGGAGCAACUGCUCGAGACGAAGCUCAAUCGGAUCCGCAAGCGGACAUUCGCCAAGCUCACGUUGUUGACGCAAGCGCGAAGGGUGGUGUAGCUAGUGCAAUAGGAUCGACACGUGACAUCGAUGCAGGUGUGUACAAUGCGUCGGUGCACAACGAACAGCACAACCUGUUCAGGGUAGAAAGCGGGGAGAGCAGUGGAUCUGAAGAAGGGGAGAUCCUUGAAUAG